AAACAAGAAAAUAAAAGAAAUGCAAAAACCUAAGACAAGGAAACCACAACAACAAGAGCGAGCAAAGCAAGCAAAAAAGUAGAGAGAUCCUUAUACUCAGAAGAAGAAGAAGAAGAAGAAGAAGAAGAAGAAGAAGAAGAUAUGGGAGUAUUACAAGAGGACGUGGUGAUAAUAAGGCAAUCAGAGAAAGAAGGAGCGCCAACAGAGAUUACAAUAAACUGCCCUGACAAGACCGGCUUGGGCUGUGAUUUGUGUCGCAUCAUUCUCUUCUUUGGUCUUAGCAUUGUCAAAGGAGAUGUGUCUACGGAUGGGAAAUGGUGCUACUUGGUGUUCUGGGUGAUUGGGAAAUCGGAGACGCGGUGGAAUUUGUUGAAGAGAAGGCUAGUUGAGGCCUGUCCUUCUUGUUUUUCAGCCUCUGAAAUCUCCUUUUUUCGCUCCGAAGUGCGGCCGCCAAAGCCUCCUGAUGUGUUUCUCUUGACCUUGUGUUGUCAUGACCGAAGAGGCCUUUUACAUGAUGUGACAAGGGUUCUUUGUGAGUUCGAGUUGACUAUAAAGAAAGUGAAGGUUUCGACGACCCCGGAUGGGAGAGCCAUAAAUAUGUUUUUCAUCACAGACACCAGGGAGCUUCUACAUACUAAUGAGAGGAGGAAAGAGACACGUGAGUGCUUGAACGCCGUUUUGGGGGAUGCGAUGAUAAGUUGUGAUGUAGAAAAGGUCGGUUCUGAAAUCACGGCCUGUUCACAGGCGUCUUCUUUUCUUCCAUCUGCAAUCACAGAAGACACAUUUGUACUAGAAAUGCCAAAUCAACUUCCAAGUGGAACACUCACUUCAAGCAGUGUUUCCAUCGCAUUUGACAACUUGUUGAGUCCUUCCCACACACUCGUCCAAAUCAUUUGCCAAGAUCACAAAGGUCUCCUUUACGACAUAAUGAGGACUCUUAAGGAGUACAACAUCCAGAUUUCAUAUGGACGGUUCACUGUAAAACAAAGAAGGCAAUGUGAGAUUGAUCUGUUCAUUAUGCAAGUUGAUGGAAAGAAGAUAGUUGAUCCGAGCAAGCAGAAAUCAUUGGCAUCUCGGUUGCGACUGGAACUACUCCGUCCUCUCAGAGUUGCUGUUCUUAGCCGGGGUCCUGAGACAGAGCUGUUCGUUACAAACCCCGUGGAGUUAUCUGGCAAGGGCCGGCCUCUUGUUUUCUAUGACAUCACCCUUGCGCUAAAGAUGCUCAACACGGGCAUCUUUUUGGCAGAGAUUCGGAGACAUAUGAUCGGAGGUCGGGAAUGGGAGGUCUACAGAGUCUUGCUUGAUGAAGGAGACAUCUCGUCUGUUCCGAGAAACGCGAUCGAGGGAAAAGUGUGGAAGAUGUUGAUGGGCUGGGAGUGAUUCUCAACAAAUGCAAAUAUGAAACCACUCGGAGAUUGCCAUGAGCUCCUGUACAGCACACUUAUCCCUGCUACCUUCUAGCUCUUAGAUGUGUAAAUGAUGAAUAUACAUAUAGAUAUAGGUGUGUUACUAGAAGGCCCGGCUUUCUUUUCAUGCUAACUUUGUAGUAUAAAAAAAAAGGGGGAGUAAAAAGCAGCAAGAAUAUAGAGAAGAAAGAGUGAAGUUCUCACGUCGUUGUAUGCUUAAAAUCAUUGUACAGAGGUAAAUAUAUUCCGGUUUUCUAGUUGGUGUUCUAUGCUAUCUGAAAUUAUGCUCUUGUAAAAAUGGGACAAUAGAAUCACGUUUCAUUGAUCACCAGAAUGUUAAGAUCUUGUAUUCGAGUGAGUCCUAUUAUAGAAUUAAUCAAGUACACCACCUUCUAUCCCUAAAAAGGAUAAGAAGUAUCAACA